CGCUUGCGCCUCGGGCGGGACGGAAGAGGCGGGUACUGCGGUAACGGUCCGCGCCGCUCGGGGCCGUGUGCAUUGAGCCGCGCGUGGAGAGCUCGGCGGCGUCUGCUGAGCCGUGCCGAUGGAGUACAGCAUGUGGGCUCGUUCUAGAAGUGAUGAUGAAGAACUGCUCGUAGCCGUGGAGUCGUUACGCAGUCAGCUGAGGAGAACUGAGAAAAGCCUACAGAGCGUAGGGGCAGAGCUUUCCAGCACUGGUACAAGGGAACAUUCUGACUGCUGCUUUGAUGAGGCUGUAGACCUCACCCUGGAGGACCUUGUUCAGCUUAACUGCAACAGUCAGUGCUCUUCCAACUGCAAGAAGACUGUUGGUGAAAUGUAUUGCUGGGAUUUUCAAAGAAAAUCCAAGCCGGACUUGAUGCCUACAGCUUUUGAUAAAGCUGUGGAAGAAAAUGAACGUCUUAAGGAGAAACUGAAUGAUCUUCAUGAGCAAAAUGCAUCUUUGGCUUCUCAGAACCGUUACCUAAAGAAUAGAGUUGAAACAACAAACUUGGAACUAAUGGAGUCAAAAACAAGAAUUUCUUACCUUGAGUCAACUUUAGGUACGCAUUUAGUCAGCAUUCCCAAGUUAGAAGAGCGAAUUGUAACUUUGGAAGCAGAAGUUUCAGCACAAGAUAAAAUUCUAAGAGAUGCAGAAGAUAAACUAGAACAAAGCCAGAAAACAGUAGUAGAAAGAGAAAGUGUGUUGCAAAGAUACAAAAAGGACUGUGAAAAUCUGAAAAUUGAGUUAAUUGAACGAAACGAGCAAGAAAAAAGAGCAGAACAACAAAGAAAUGAAGCUUUAUUGAAUGCUGAGGAGCUAACAAGAGUUUUCCAAAAGUAUAAGGAGAAAAUAACUGGAAGGUUUGAAAAGGUUCAAGCUGAAGGAGCACGUUUAGAAAACUAUAUAAUUAAUUGUGAAAAGGAAAGAGAGAAGUUGAAUGAAAAAUGUGUCAGCUACAGAAAGCAUCUAGACAUCCAAGAUGAGCAAUUAAGGAAACUAAGGGAAGAGAAUCACAAUGCAAAAAAAGAAAUUGUAACUCUAGAGGCAAAGAACAGUGAAAUGAUGUCAACGUUGAAUCAGUCUGCUCAGAAGAUCCUUGGGCUUGAAAAGGAACUUAAUGAGAAGAAAAGAGUACUCAAGGAGAAAAAUGCUCUUGUCAGUGAAAAUGCAGAGCUGAGAGCGCUUAAUGCACAACAGCAUAACAACCUGAAGUUAUGCCAUCAAGAAAUGGAGAAUUCAAGGCGAGAGCUCAACUUACUAGAAACCAUAAUUUCCCAGUUGUCUUCAAGUACAUCUGAAGAGUUUAAUUGGCAUAACCUGAGACAUCAGCUAUCCAGUUCAUCCACCAAAGAAGCUGUCUCUGAAUCCUGUGAAUCAAAUAAACCUUUGACUGCAAGCCUAAGCACUGGAUUAGCAUCAAAGGAAGCUGGAAAGCCUCACGCAAACUUACCUACCUGUAAUACAGUUGAGCAUUUAUUGAAUGAAAAUGAAAGACAAGAAAAAAGAGGGCUAUGUGGUCUGGAAACAGAGCCUGUCAAAUUGAUCAAAACUCAAGAAGAGAGGACAAAAUGUCAACAGUUGGAACUUGUCAGCAAACAAUUUGAAAAGGAGAGACAAAGAUUCAAGAAAGAGAUGGAAAAAUUACGUGUUAAACUGGCAAAAUUAGAUAAUGAGAAUUUGUCUUUGAAGACCAGCAUGGCUCAGAGAACCAGUCAGUUUCAAAGCAUGCAGGAAGAGCUAUCAGCAAAGACUUUAAAAACUAAUACCUUAAAGCAAGAAAUCGCAAAGAAAGCUUCUCAGCUUUCUGCACUUAAGAAACAAUUGGAAGAAAAAGCUGUUGCUUAUUCUGCUGCUGCAGCACGAAGUACUGAGUUGGAACAGGAACUCAUGGGAAAAAACAAACGCAUUCAUGAAUUGCAAACAGCGGUCAGUGAGGAGCACAAAGAACUAACUUCUGCUUUUGAAAAAGCAAAAUUGGUUCAUCUCGAGCAGCAUACAGAGAUGGAGAAACAGAUGGAACUACUUCAGACACAGCUAGAUAAGAAACAUCAACAAUGUGUAGAACAAGAGACAACAAUAUCUGUUUUGCAACAAGAUAUUAUACGUAAACAGCAUCACAUCGAAUCAUUGGAUGGACUACUGAUGGAGUGCAGAGAGGAAAUGAAGAAGCAAGAUCUCAAGAACGAUGAGAGACUGAAGAUACUGGAGAGUCAGCUGAAGGAACAAACAAUCAAAGAGAAACAACUUGAGUCAGCACUGGAUGUAUGUAAGGAAGAACUUGCACUGUAUUUGAGUCAGACAGAAGAAAAUAAGGAGAUGUUUCAAAAUCAGCUCAAAAAGAAGUCUAAAGAGGUUUGUUAUUUGCAAAAAGAAAUAAAACUAAAAGGUCGUAAUCUUCAGGACACAAAUGAACAGAACGUUCUCCUGCAACAAACUCUGCAUCAUCAGCAGCAAAUGUUGCAGCAAGAAACUAUUAGAACUGGGGAACUGGAAGAUAAUCAAACUAAGCUUGAAGAACAGCUAUCUACUUUAGAACAAGAACUUCAGAAACAGAAAGUAUAUGCAGAAGAUGAGUUGAGAAAGGUAGAGGAGAAACUUUACCUAACUUGCCUGGAAGCAGAUUUAAGCAGACAAAAGGUGGAUGAACUUAAUAACAUAAUCCGACAAAAAACACUGGAGAUGGAUGAGUAUAAGAAUGAACUUACUGGUAUGGAAAAAGAAGUAGUGCAAUUAAAACAAGACAUUGAUGACAAAACAAUGCAAAUAAGUCAUUUGGACAUCACUUUGAAGGAAGCACGAUCAGAGCUCAGUGAAAAGACAAGUGAGGUGACUGCUUUAGAAGAUAAACUGCUUCAAAGUGAGACUUGCCACAGGGAGGCAUUGCAGAAAAUAGAGGAACUAGAAUCUGCAUUGCAAAAUGCACAUGGGGAAUUAAAAGUCGUUUCACUGCAGCUUCAGGGGUUGCAAGACUCAUUACAGAAUGCACAGUUGUCUCUGGAGGAGAAACAGGUUGCUAUCAUCAAUCUAACAGCUGAGCUCAGGUAUUGCAAGGGAGAAAUUGAAGACAAAAAACAAGAGCUGCUUGAUAUGGACCAAGUAUUGAAAGAAAGGAAUUGGGAACUGAAACAAAGAGCAGCACAGAUUGCACAGUUGGAUAUGACAGUUCGUGAACAUAAGGGAGAAAUGGAACAACAAAUAAUUCAGUUAGAGUGCAAUUUAGAGAAAUCAGAGUUAGAAGUUAAGGAAUGUAAUAAACAGAUUGAGACCUUAGAGAGCAAACUCCAGCAUUGUAAGGAGGAGCUUCGUGAAAAAGACUUUGAACUGCUCCAGAGAAAUCAAGAAAUAAAUCAGCUGAAGAAGAAAAUGGAAAGACAACAACAGAGCCUAGAAGCUCUUGAGAAGACAGUGAAAAACCAGGAGAACUGCAUUGGAGACCAGUACAGGGAAGCAUUAGAUUUGGGUCAGCAAUUGAAGCUAGAACGAGAACAACUGCAGCACACUCACUCAGAGCUACUGGAGGCUCGUCAAAUGCUUGUGCAGUCCCAAAGAGAAGCAGACAGACUUGCGUGUGAAUUAGAAGAAGUAAAUUAUCUGUCCCAAGAGAAGGAAUCUCGUGCGAACCGUCUGGCAGAAGAACUGGGUGCUGCCAAAGCUCGUGAAGCUCAACUACAACUGCAAAUGCAAUCUGAGAUAAACAGGCUUUUUGCAGAGAUAACUUCAUUACAAGACACUUGUCAGCUUGCUCACGAGAAAGACCAAGCAAAAAGACAGAUAUCAACAGAACACCAGAACUUUGAUUCUUACCAUCUGAGUGAACAGUUGCAGCAGGUGAAGGUAGAGUUAGAAGAGGCUCAAGAUAAUGUCACUAAUCUGCAGUUACAGCUUCAGGUGAGAGAUGAAAUGGUUCGUGCUGCAAGUGAAACAUUGCUUGUUAAGGUUAGAGAAUUAUGAAGGAAGAAACUGUUGACAACGCUAACUCUGGAAUGCUGUUGCUGGCAACAUUAUAAGAAGAAAUUUUAAUCUAACAUUUAUAAGCAAUGAAUGUAUUUGUGCUGGUGCAAAAGCCAGACUUAAUUUUCCAACCGUUUUUGUGAUUACUGUCUUAAUAUAUUCACUUAUUUUAUUUUUCAGAAAUAAAAUUUAUUUUUUUAAAUAUGUUGAGUUGCAAGACCUAAUUUCAGCUCUGUUUCUUUUCCCAAUGGUUUUAAAUGGCAUUAUUAUGUUGUACAUUUAAUUAAGAUUAAUUAAUUAAGAGCACAGUGGUAUUACCUUUUUAACAGAUUUUCUUAAGGAAUAAAUUUGUGUUUGUUAGUCUCUGCAACUUUGUACGCUUAGAACAGUUACUAAAAUGGACCUCUUUGUAAGAUGCUUUAGAGCACUGAUUUGAUCACAAAUAGACUGUAGGAAAUUAUGCUUGCUUUAUUCCAGCAGUGUCUUUCAGAUGUAAAGAUGCGUGAGAAACAGAAUUUUAAUGCUUUUUUUUCCAAACUAAAAAUCAUAGUAAAAAUAUUGAUUCAACUAUACAUUCCAAAACUUUAUUUGCAGGUUUUCGAAAAGUGCUGUACUGUAUAGCUAGUAUAAAUGGCUAGUGACUCUCUAACACUGGUAAUGGCAUAAGCAUCAGAAAGUGUAAACAUGGUUAUGAGGCCUAAAUUCAAGUCAGAUUGGUACAAAUGUGAUUUAUGCACAUUAAGAUAGGUUUAUAAUUUGGAAAAUCCAGCUAGUAAAGCUAUUUUGAACUAGUGAGGUACAAAAAUUAAUGUAUUGCAGUUUAGGUCUUAGGCUUAAGUUAUAUGUUGAUUGUACUAAGAGUGCAUCUCAGCCAGGAAAAAAAAAAAAGGCUAGCUCUGUUAUUUCAGGAGCUCUGCAGGUAGAAUCAUGCUAAACUCCUUGGUAGCAGGUAGGUCACUUUAACUAGAUGUGCCAACAUGCUCCACAAGUACAACUACUCAGUUUCCAGUUAUUAUACAAAAUCAGGUGCACAUUUCACAGCUGUUGAUAAGUUGCACUCAUAUGAAACAUCUAUUCUGUGGUUUCAGAUUAUUUUUUCAGUAUAAAAAUCAGGAUGUUGUGUAGUUUUGUUGUGGAAAUGACUGUAUUGUGUGUUUUAAAUCAAGCUCUUUACUCCUCUAAAUAAUAGUAAAUGAAAACCAGUAGAAUUAAUUAGACCAUUGUAAUAAUUGAAAAAUAUUUUUUCCUCUUGUUCAGCAGAUCAGUUUGUCUAGAAAUUUGUGCAUCAAAAUUCCGACUGAUGUUAUAAAACAGAGAAACAUGGAAUCCUGGUUUGAGGGGCUUAAAAGGAGAAAAUAACCUUUCUGUAAUUACAGUUGUCACCACGCUAGUGGAAUUCCACUAAUGUGGUGUUGCAUAAAGCCUCACUUGCCCCUCCCACAUGCACUAAAUAUAAAUGUGCAUGAGCAGCAAAAGCAAUUUUCCAAAUAGCUGGAUCAGCCAAACAGUGUUUGUACAUAAUUAUGUAUAUGAAUGCUAAAAGCUGUGGUCAUACAGUGUGAGAAGCCUGAUGAAUACAAAGAAUCAUAAUUAUAUUUUAUUACGAAGUUUUGGUGCUGUGUUCUCUUGUUGUUGGUCUGAAAAAUUAAUAAUUUAACUUGUUGUACUGUCUACAUUGAUUUCCUCAUUUGGAAACUAAUGUAAUUUUAGGUGAAUGUUUCUGUGGAGUCCUACUCUUCUUGAGCUACUAACUAGUUUACAUCUGCUCCAAGCCUGGAAAGCUCCUUCUUGUGAACUGUGUUGCACUGACAUGGAGUUACUGUUUCUUGGAAAACUUUAUUCUUGUAUCUGUGAAUCUAAAUAGUUCAAAGAUGUCAGUGAUUGCAAGGAUGUAGUAAAGCUGACGUGCUCAGAGCCUUCCUGGCUAAUUGUCCCUGCUGGUGUACUUGCUCACUUUGUCUUGUCUUGUAUGGGAGCAGUGCCAGAAAGCAAUGUGAGGAAUGUGUCUAAACAACUUGUCUCCUAACUCCGCAUCACAUUUUUCAAUUUACUUUUUUUUUCUUAAAAAGCUUGUUAGGACUCUAAGUUACAAACAUUCCCAUUGGAAGAAGGCGUUGUGGGAAUAAAAUGAUGUGUUGCUCUAUUUCAAAAGAACUGUACGUGCUUUAAAGCAUAGAAAAUCUGAACACCGUUAGCAGAAGGAUCAUGUUUUGAGUGUUUGAUAUGUGUGGCAGACUCAAUGCCAGAAGCUGGUUGUGACUGUGGCAAGGCUUUUCCUUCCA